GCAGGCGCAGCGUGGCAAGCGCGCCAGAGCGCGGGAAGCCGCGGUAGGCGGGCAGUCCCUGCUGUACCUUUGAGGCUGCUGCUCGGACACCCGGGUAGGGGAAGGAAAGAUGCCGGCCACCCAGAAGCCCAUGAGGUACGGGCACACGGAAGGACACACGGACGUCUGUUUUGAUGACUCUGGCAGUUGUAUUGUGACUUGUGGAAGUGAUGGCGACGUACGGAUUUGGGAAGACUUGGAUGACGACGAUCCCAAGUCCAUCAGCGUUGGCGAGAAGGCAUAUUCGUGUGCUUUGAAGAACAGAAGGUUGGUCACUGCGGUUUCUAACAAUACCGUCCAGGUGCACACGUUUCCGGAAGGGGUUCCCGACGGUAUUCUCACACGCUUCACCACCAACGCCAACCACGUGGUCUUCAAUGGGGAUGGAACCAAAGUUGCCGCUGGAUCAGGUGAUUUUCUCAUCAAAAUUGUGGAUGUGAUGGAUAGCAGCCAGCAGAAAACUUUUCGAGGACAUGAUGCCCCUGUUUUAAGUCUUUCUUUUGAUCCUCAAGACAUCUUUGUGGCAUCAGCUAGUUGUGAUGGGUCUGUCAGAGUGUGGAAAAUUUCAGAUCAGACAUGUGCUGUUAGUUGGCCACUGCUACACAAGUGCAACGAUGUGAUAAAUGCAAAAUCCAUCUGCAGACUUGCUUGGCAGCCGGAAAGCGGGAAGUUACUGGCAGUUCCUGUGGAAAAAUCUGUGAAGCUAUAUAGAAGAGAAACUUGGAGUAAUCAAUUUGAUCUUUCCAAUAGUUCCAUCUCACAGAGCCUCAAUGUGGUAACCUGGUCUCCCUGUGGGCGAUAUUUAGCUGCCGGUAGUAUUAAUGGCCUAAUUAUAGUUUGGAAUGUGGAAACCAAAGACUGUGUGGAAAGGGUGAAACAUGAGAAAGGUUAUGCAAUCUGUGGCCUGGCCUGGCACCCUACCUGUGGUCGAAUAUCUUACACGGACACCGAGGGGAACCUGGGGCUGCUAGAGAAUGUGUGUGCGCCCAGCGGGAAGGUAUCAGGCAGUAAGGUCUCUAGCAGUGUGGAAAAGGAUUACGAUGAUCUUUUUGAUGGAGAUGAUACCAGCAAUAUGGGUGACUUUCUCAAUGACAAGACAACUGAGACCCCCUCUUUUCCGAGAGGGAUUAUAAAUGAUGAAGACGAUGAUGACCUCAUGGUGGCCUCCAGUCGUUCUAGACCGCGAAGUCACAUCCUAGAAGAUGAUGAAAAUUCAGUAGACAUUACAAUGCUGAAGUCUGGUCUGCUCAAAGAGGAGGAGGAGGAGGGGUGGGCAGGGAGCAUGCACCACCUCCCGCCGGUGCCGACCCAGAGCCUGCUGUACGAGGGGCCCAGGCCCACACCGAGGCAGAAGCCGUUCCAGCCGGGGUCCACGCCCUCGCAGCUCACCCACAGGUUCAUGGUGUGGAACUCUGUUGGAAUUAUUCGCUGCUAUAACGAUGAGCAAGACAAUGCCAUAGAUGUGGAGUUCCACGACACCUCCGUGCACCAUGCGACACACCUGUCGAACACCUUGAAUUACACAGUGGCAGAUCUUUCCCACGAAGCUAUUUUGUUGGCAUGCGAGAGCACUGAUGACCUAGCAAGCAAGCUUCACUGCCUGCACUUCAGUUCUUGGGACUCCAGCAAGGAGUGGAUGGUGGACAUGCCGCAGAAGGAGGAUGUCGAAGCCAUCUGCCUCGGUCAGGGCUGGGCCGCCGCUGCCACCAGCGCCCUGCUCCUGCGAUUGUUCACCAUUGGGGGUGUGCAGAAUGAGGUCUUCAGUCUGCCAGGGCCCGUGGUGUCACUGGCAGGACACGGAGAGCAGCUUUUCAUUGUUUAUCACAGAGGUACAGGAUUUGAUGGAGACCAGUGUCUUGGAGUUCAGCUGUUGGAGCUGGGGAAAAAGAAGAGGCAGAUUUUGCGUGGUGAUCCUCUUCCCCUCACGAGGAGAUCCUACCUCACGUGGCUUGGGUUUUCAGCUGAAGGUACGCCCUGCUAUGUGGAUUCUGAAGGCUGUGUUCGGAUGCUUAACCGAGGGCUGGGGAACACGUGGACGCCCGUGUGUGACACCAGGGAGCACUGCAAGGGGAAGUCCGACCACUACUGGGUGGUGGGGAUCCACGAAAACCCCCAGCAGCUUAGGUGCAUCCCUUGUAAAGGCUCUCGGUUUCCUCCCACCCUUCCACGCCCUGCGGUGGCUGUGUUGUCCUUUAAGCUUCCUUACUGUCAGAUUGCAACAGAGAAAGGACAGAUGGAGGAGCAGUUUUGGCGUUCAGUUAUAUUUCACAACCACCUGGAUUACUUAGCCAAGAAUGGUUAUGAAUAUGAUGAGAGCACUAAAAAUCAAGCAGUAAAAGAGCAACAGGAGCUUUUAAUGAAAAUGCUUGCACUUUCUUGUAAACUGGAGCGAGAAUUCCGUUGUGUGGAACUUGCAGAUCUAAUGACUCAAAAUGCUGUAAGUUUAGCCAUUAAAUAUGCUUCUCGCUCUCGGAAAUUAAUAUUGGCCCAAAAACUUAGUGAACUUGCUGUAGAGAAGGCAGCUGAAUUGGCAGCAUCCGAGGCAGAGGAAGAGGAAGAAGAGGAUUUCAGACAGAAGCUGAAUGCUGGUUACAGUGGUACUGCCACAGAGUGGAGCCAGCCGAGGCUUCGUAGUCAGGUGGAAGAAGAUGUGAGGAACAGAGGAGAAGCUGAUGAGACAGAAGAAAAUCCCAGACCCCAUGAGCAUGGACAGAACUCAUUUUCCAAAAGUGCAGAUUCCUCUGAUGUGCCAGCCAUUAAGUCAGGUGCAGUUACUCCUAGCAACCAAGGACGAGUAAACCCCUUCAAGGUAUUAGCCAAUUCCAAAGAGCCAGCCCUGUCUGAGAACUCAUCACGUUCAAUGAAUAUUUUAGACAGUAUGAGCAAGUCAUCCUGGAAGCCCACUGCCCCAGGCCGAGCAGCCGGCAGUGAGAGGUCACCCGUGAUCAAGCCCCUGAUGCCCAAGCCCAAGUCUAAGCAGGCAUCUGCAGCAUCCUAUUUCCAGAAAAGAACUUCUCAGGCCAAUAAGAGCGAGGGAGUGAAAGAGGAAAACCCUAAAGAUGCAUCCCCUGAAGCCCCCGCUGUGUGCUCUCCACAUGCUGAGACCCCGAGGCCAAAGACUGGGUUCCAAAUGUGGUUGGAAGAAAAUAGAAGUAACAUUUUGUCUGACAAUCCUGACUUUUCAGAUGAAGCAGAUAUAAUAAAAGAAGGAAUGAUACGCUUUAGAGUUCUGUCUGCUGAAGAAAGGAAGGGGUGGACUAACAAGGCCAAGGGAGAAGCUGCAGGUGCCGGAAUUGAAGCAAAGAAGCGGAAACGUGUGGAAGAUGAAGGUCACGACAAAGAAAGCCACAAGGAAGCAGCAGAGGAGAAUCUGAAUUUGCCCAAAAAGCAAAAGCCUUUUGAUCUUUCUGCUAAUCAGAAGCUGUCAGCCUUUGCUUUUAAGCAGGAGUGAAGAGCAGAAGUGACUGAGGAAAGCGAUGACAUUUUUGCUCCUCUUGGGGGAAUCUGAACUUUUUCUCCUCCUUUAUUGUAUGUGUUAGGGCACGAGACUUCUGAAGAGCUAAGUGAUAGCUUCUUGUGUUUAUAGAUAAUGUAGCGGGCAGGAGGUGCAGCUUAGUGCACGAGAGGCCCUGAGCUGGAUCCCAGCCCUGGAGAAGAAGUGUGUCGGGAGGGACAUGUGUGAAAACAGUCAUCUGGUGCUUACUCUGCCCUCGGGUGGAGCAGAGCCAUUGUGAUCCUGGUUAUUCCCGGGCCACUGUCCCGGCUUGAUUAUUAUUUUAUUUUCAAAAAUAUUCAAAACCAGGGACUUACACCCCUGCACACUGAAGUACCUACUAGGAAUUUCCUCGUUUGGUUUAUGUCAAGACCAGGGAAGAACCGGCUGUAGCCCCUCCCGAGCUAGCAGAGACUCCAUCCUCUGCCAGUGGAGACCAGAGGCCCCCGCUUCUUCUCAAUGUGGGCCCUAAACCUGUACAUAAUUCCAUAGGUGAGACUUUGUGUGUACAUUUUGGAAAUUUCAUUAUAUGGCCGUCAGUUGUCUGUAUAGCCUGGGGGUUGUUGUUUUUUAGAUAAAUAAAAUGUUCUCAUUUCCA